AUGCAGGCCCUCAACGGCAAGGUGCUGAACAAGAAGGCAUUUUCGUCCGGCGGUCGCUCGAGGCGCUCGGUGGUUGUGAGGGCCGAUGCCAAGGAGAUCGUCUUUGACGCUGACAGCCGCCGCAGGCUGCAGGCCGGCAUCAACAAGGUUGCGGAUGCGGUGUGCGUGACGCUCGGCCCGCGCGGCCGCAACGUGGUGCUCGAGCAGAAGUUCGGCAUCCCGCAGGUCAUCAACGAUGGCGUGUCCAUCGCGCGCGCCAUUGAGCUGGCGGACCCGGUGGAGAAUGCGGGCGCGCAGCUCGUCAAGGAGCCUGGCGACGCUGCCUCGGAACAGCAGGGCGUUGGCAAUUGCGCCUCGCCUCCCAACUUUGCACGAUGA